CUUCUCCUCCCUCCGCCUUUGCAGAUGGCGUCGGCUACCGACUCCCGCUAUGGGCAGAAGGAAUCCUCCGACCAAAAUUUCGACUACAUGUUCAAGAUCCUCAUCAUCGGCAACAGCAGCGUAGGGAAAACCUCCUUCCUCUUCCGGUACGCCGACGAUUCCUUCACCCCGGCCUUCGUCAGCACCGUCGGCAUCGACUUCAAGGUCAAGACCAUCUACCGGAACGACAAACGCAUCAAGCUGCAGAUCUGGGACACGGCCGGCCAGGAGCGGUACCGCACCAUCACCACCGCCUACUACCGCGGCGCCAUGGGCUUCAUCCUGAUGUACGACAUCACCAACGAGGAGUCCUUCAACGCCGUGCAGGACUGGUCCACCCAGAUCAAGACCUACUCCUGGGACAACGCCCAGGUCCUGCUGGUGGGGAACAAGUGUGACAUGGAGGAUGAGCGCGUGGUCUCCUCGGAGAAGGGCCGCCAGCUCGCCGAGCACCUGGGCUUUGAGUUUUUCGAGGCCAGCGCCAAGGACAACAUCAACGUGAAGCAGACCUUCGAGCGGCUGGUGGACAUCAUCUGCGAGAAGAUG